AUGAACACAAGAAAGCUCUGGGGUGAAUUUGAAGACGACUGUGGCGAUGAUUCAGUACUACAAAUCGUGAACUUCAAUCCUAUAAUCGAACUGGGCAUGCAGAAUAUUCCUGAAAUCCCUAUCACAGUUCAGUCUUCACCGAUUGAGCUUCCGAAAGCAAAUUUAAUCACACACACUAUCCAACUUCACGCUUGCAUUAGACAGUUGACUGCAAUUCUUGACCAGACUGAGAACUCGGUGUUUGAAGGCUCCCGGUUAGAUCCACAUAUUUUACCGCAAAUCCCGCCAGAUCCUCCUUUAAAAAUGGAACACGAGAUAAGAUCAUCUAUAAACUACCUCGAAAAACAAUACUGUGACUUCUCGUUAGGCAAAGGACCUGUCAUAUUGCCGUUUACAGCUGAAAGUCACAAACGAGCGUUGCGACAAUGCGCAGCUAUAGCUAUAGGUCACGUGGGUAUCCCUACUUGCACCAACACAGCUUUGAACGGCGUCACAGACGCUCUGGAUUUUUACAUGACUAAUAUGUGCAAAUUAUUGAGAACAGUAGUUGACAGAGAAGCGAGCGGUAUAAAAUCAGGUUUUCCUGAUGCAAUAUCAAAAGUGUUUGCAGAUUUAAAUGUUGGGAACCUGCAUGAAUUCCACGAAAAUCGUAUUGUACGAUAUCAUGCAAAGAUAAAGAAACGAUGUGAAGAUUUGAGAGCCCAUUGUGAAGCAAUAGCGGUAGGAGACAUUGCUCCUCAAUUGAAGCUGGAAGAAGUACCUGAAUUACACUUUCCUGCUGCAUUAGAUUCAUACACGCCUUCACUAGAGCCAGGAUUUCAAAUGCUACAUAGUUUAGAACAAGAACAACUUCAAGGACUCGAACUUCUGGACACUGUGUCUACAGAUGAUAUUAAAGUAGAAACAAUGGAUUUCUCUCAAGCAGAAACAACUAAGUUGCCUUUGCCCUCUUUAUCACCUAGUGCUAAGAAAAAGAGAAAAUAAAUAAAUACAUUCUAAAUGUGAUUUGUAAUACACAUUUUUAUAUCAAGCCACCGGACAAACAAGUUGUGCACCUGGUGGUAAGGUUCACGCCUAUCCAUGACAU